CAUUGGAAUGAAGUGUCAAAUUCGUUAUCAAAAAAUAGCUCAUUUGUCAUGUAUUUGCUGCUUUUAUUAUUUCUAUAUUUAAUUCAUGACCGACAAACCAGACACAAUAAGCCAGAAGCAAGACGCAAAGUGGCCCGAGUGCCAAGAGGAUGAAAUCUUAUGAUCAAGAGAAUAAUCGAGCCAAACAUGCUGUUCUUGCUGUAAACGAUGAACAGUUGGCCGAAAUUUUCAAACUUACCAUCGACUGUUUCGAAGAAGUGUUCGACUAUUUAUCGCUGGAGGAUUUGGCAGCAAUGGGUCAAACAUGUAAACGAAUGAAACAAAUCGCUGGUCAUUGUUUCCAACAGAAUUAUGGAGCUACAACACUAUACUUUGACACAGAUAGUUUUUACCUUAAUCAUGUCAAAGUAGAUUGUUUUAGCAAUUUCCUACAAAACGUCAAAGUUAAUGGUGAGAUGUUCACAGACGAUGAGUCUGAUGACAUCGAUGCAGCAAAUUCUCCAUAUGAUCUGACGAUAGAUUAUGUAACUCCUUUGAAACGUUUAACAUCAAUAAAAGGAAUCAAAAUUGUUAAUGUUUCUUUAACAAUGGCUCGGAUUCACGAAAUGCAAGUAGUUCUCAAUAAAUCUGAACGCGUAGCCAUAAAAUACUGUAGUUUGGAUGAAAAUGUAUUGGAUGCAUUGAUUGCUGCCUGCUCAAAUGUCAAAUAUUUAUCACUGAAUCUAGAAAUAAACGAAAACCAAUGGAUGCAUCGAAUCUACCCAGCAUUAGAACAUAUUAAAUUGAAUGGUCUUAAUUGGCGAGAAACACCAGAAUUUAAAACUUUCUUUGAGCUAAACACAACAAUUAAGCAAUUUUCUGUCGAUAUGACAAUCUUCUGGUCAAAUAGAGAGUUGUUCAAAAAUUCAACCAUCAAAUUUGAUACAUUGGCGAUUUAUUAUGACAGCGAUAAAGUUGAAUUCGAUUUAUUUUGCCGUUUGCUAAAUGAGCUCUACGAACGUGAAUUUUAUAAGAAAAUGCAUUUUUAUGGCAAACGUUGGAUGCAUCAAGAUAUCAAUCAAUUGGCUUCAGUCAAAGAUUUGAUAAGAUUUUGUGACGGAAUGAAUACACAGUGUAUCAAUGUUGGUGUUUUAAGAAACUUGGAAGAACUACGCGUCAACUACAGUUAUUAUACUAUGGAUAUGGAAUCACUUUCACAUAUCCUACCGAAACUGAAACGCAUUGUUUUAAUACAGGCUAGUUCUGAUGACAUUUUACCAUACGUUCGCCACGCACAGAAAUUGAACAAAAUUAAAGUGAAAUGUUUAGAAAGUGGAUCACUUUUCGAUGAAAAUGAAAAAAUUCUUGAUUUAUUAGUGUUGAAUAAAGAGCGCGAGGAAUUAGUUGGAGCGUGCAAGAUCACGAUCUACGUCGAGGAAGAUGUGUAUUUAGCAACGAAAUGGGCAAUGAAACAGACGGAUUUCAGUAUGAUCGAAAUUAAACGAGAAACUUCAUAUAAUUGGGAUUUUUAAAUUUGAAUUGCUUUUUUUUUCAUUUUUUACCCAAAUUAGU